CAUGCUUUUUCCGUAUAUAUACAACCUUUUGCAUAUGUGUUUUGUGUUCCUUAUUCUUUGAGGUUAAGCCAAGCCCUCCACUUCCAUUAAUUUCUUUCUUCUGUCUAUAAAAAUCUCUUACAUUCAUUCUCACCCAUCAAACAAGAACUACUUCAAAGCCUAUCUAUCUAUACCCCUCUCUCUCUCUCUCUCUCUCUCUCUCUCUAUUUUUAUCGUAAUGUCGAGGCUCAUAGAACCACUUAUAGUAGGGAGAGUGGUAGGAGAGGUAGUGGACUCUUUCACCCCAAGUGUGAAAAUGACCAUAACUUACUCCAACAGGCAAGUUAAUAAUGGCCAUGAGUUCAUGCCUGCUGUCACUGCUGCUAGACCUCGUGUCGAGAUCGGCGGUGAAGAUAUGAGGGCUUCUUAUACACUAAUCAUGACGGACCCGGAUGCUCCAAGCCCUAGUGAUCCAUACCUAAGGGAACAUCUCCACUGGAUUGUCACUGACAUUCCAGGUACCACUGAUGCUUCCUUUGGAAGAGAAAUAGUGAGCUACGAGACUCCAAAGCCAGUGAUUGGAAUCCACCGUUACGUGUUCAUCUUGUUCAAGCAGAGAGCAAGACAAACAGUGAGGCCGCCAGCUUCAAGAGACCAGUUCAACACAAAGGGCUUCUCAGAAGAGAACAGCCUAGGACACCCUGUUGCUGCAGUGUACUUCAAUGCACAGAGAGAAACAGCUGCAAGAAGAAGAUGAGAGAGAAACAAGAGAGAGAGUGUGCUUCAAAUUGCCAGCAGUUUUUAAGGGUUUGUCAUGUGGCUUUUAAGUUUGGGUCGUACUGUACUUGUCCAGUUGUCCUACUGUGUAUGGUGUUUGUGUUGGGUAGUACUGUUUUUCUGUACUUAGGUUUCGGGACUUGGAGGGUCCCCCAUCUAUGUUUUAGGUGUCUUUAAGGAUCUGAUUUGGUUAUAGGAUAAAGAUCGUAUCAUGGCUGUCUGUACUGAUCGUGUCUUGUGAUUAAGCCAUUAAGCUUGUUCUCGUAUUGU